AUGCCCCCGACAAAGGCCUACGACAGCCCCGAGCUACCGCACGCCGACCUCGACACACGGCAUCUGCUCGAACACGGUGACCAGGCCGGUCUUCCCUCGUACUACUACAAUCAGUACGGCCAUCAGCCACCGCCACGACGAGGUCUUCGCGAUCUCGAAGAGGCCGACGCCAAGGAGUACUCGGGCGACCACCUCGACCGCCUCCGAUCCCCUCACCGGCCCUCACUGCCGAAACCGCUUCGGGAGCGGACGCAAACAUGGGCGCACAGACCGUUGGUGCCGCCAAGGAUCAGGCGGUGGGCUGCGGCCGGUCUUCUGACCGUGACGCUCGGUACAACAUUCUUCCUGGUCGGCAAGUUGACUGUGAGCCGGUCAGCGCGUAUUGCCGACUCUGCCAUCGCAAUCGGUGAGGUCGCGCAGCAAGGCCAGUCGAGCCACAAGACCGGACAGCGUCCGCCAUCACCUGUCGGCGCGACCAGCUCUCCCGUCCCGGCCAGCUACGAGGAAAGCAUCGAGGAGCUGUCGACCUUCAUCCCGCCAAAAAGCUCGCCCUACCGUCGCAAGCUACCGCCCAUCCGGUCGCAGCUGCCUCUGACCGACUCGGACGAGUGCCUGGAAGCCUGGCUCGCGCGCGGCCACCUCUGCGACAGCCUGCAAGGCAUCUACGCCGACGAUGCCGUCGCCAAUCGGGAGGCAAACGGUCAUCGCAUGACCGACAUCGACGUCGUCUACACCUGGGUCAAUGGAUCGGAUUGGCGCCACGCCAGCGCCAAGCGAGCCUACCGGAAACAGACAGAUGCCGCCGCCGCGGCCGCCACCGCCCCCGCUCCCGCUUCCGAACGCGACAAGCGUGACGGUGUCAACAACGACGAGAAUCGCUUCCGAGACCACCACGAGCUCAAGUACUCUAUGCGCUCGGCUGCAGCGCACCUCCGGACCCUGGGCGACAUCCACGUCAGCUCGCCGGACUACGCCCUGGCGGAGGGGGAGGAUGAGGCGCGCAGCGACAAGUCCAUCACGUCUGACCUAUUUCGAGGCGAGGAUGGCGUGCUUCGCCCGGGCCAGAUCCCCGACUGGCUAGCAAGCUCGUCUACCAACCCCUUUGUCUUGACAGGCUCCUCGGCCGAGCGGACCGAUGUUGCUGCCUCGAUGAGGGCGGAGACGACGGUCCAUUUCCACCACGACUGGACCACGUUCCGACCCAACUGGGCGCUGACGCCCGAAGCCGCGGUGCAGAGCGAGCAGCGGAGGCGCCAGCAGGUGCUAUACAAGCGCGAGUCGCUGCCGACGUUCAACUCGAUGGCCAUCGAGGCGAUGCUCGGUGGCGAGCCCAAUCUCUCGGAGCACUUCAUCUACUCGAACGACGACUUUUUCUUCUUUGACGACGUCACCACCGGCGACUUUUACACGCCCCUCUAUGGCGCCGUCUUCCGCAUCGACCCGCACAUCAAGGUUGCUGGCAAGUCGGACCCGAGCUUCUCGCAGGGCGAGUGGUCGUCGCUCGAGCACACCAACUGGAUCCUGGACCAGCGGUUCGGGAAGCGCCAGCGGCCGUACAUCGUCCACCUGCACCGCAGCUUCUCGCUACCGUUGCUCAUCGAGUCCAGGCUCAUGUUUGCCAAGGAGAUCCACGAGAGUGCGCGCAUGCGCUUCAGGGACAGCGGCCAGAAUAUCGUCACGCAGUACCUGGCGUACCACACGACCAUAGAGCGGCAUCGCGAAGCGUUGCUGUGGAGCUUCUUCGUGCUGCGCCUCGACGCAGACGGAGACGGCAUCGUCUCGGAGGCAGAGUGGCGCCAGGCUAUGGCCGAGAUGGGCCGCACUGACGCCGAUGUACCGACCGACGCGAGGCAGGGCGGCCCAUCGCAACGUCGCUCGGACGGCGCCGUCAAGGUGUACAUGCCACCGCGGACCACGCUGGAGGUCGGGCGCGCCAACUCGAAUCUCUUGGAGGCCGGCUGGCCUGUCCCGCUCAAGACGCAGUACAUUUUCACCUCGCACGAUGGAUACCCCCUCGCCCACAUCAGCGACGGCAUUGUCCCGAGCCGGCGGCGGUCUGUCGCACACGACGACGACAGUGCUGCCGACGGGGCGAAACCGUCGACGCCGCAGCGGCGAGGAUUGUCGUCCCAGUGGCCCGAUUUCACGCCGACUUCGAUCGCAGCGGGCAAGGCGCGGCACACGCCCGCCUGCGUGCUAAACCUCGAUCGGUGCUUCGUCUCCCUGGCCAAGGCUCAGCAGGGCGACGCGACGUGGGUCGACGUUUUCAAAGCGUUUACCUUCGACCGGGUCCAGUGCGGCGACUGCCUCAUCUACCAGCUGAUGCGCGCCAGCGGUCGCCGAGGCAUCGAUGCCUUUCUCCCGCCGCGAGAUCGCAAGGUCCACUACCGCCGGCAAGAGGCGUGGAGACACGAUGAACCACGCGGCGUAGCGCACCUCCCGCUCUCGCCUUUCUGGGACGAGGCGGCGUCGUCGACCGCUUCGGCGGCUGGCGAGUCGUUUGAGGCGUCGUGCUUUACGCCGGCGUGCGUGUUGGAGUCGUCGCGGUGGGCACCCGGCUCGUCGGCGCGCACGUUUGCGCUGCACCUGGUCCAGCGCUACUCUUACGUGAUUGGCGAGUCGCCGAUCCGCUUCGAGAUGCUGCGCAAGGACGACCAGGCCAGCGGCGUCUUUGCCGACCUGGAACGGCAGAGCCGCCGUGCCCGCGCCGAAGAGCGCUUCACACCCACCGCCAGCGCCGUUUCGGCUGGCACUGGCACCUCGGAAGGCGACGGCGGCGGCGGCGACGGUGGCGGUGACGUGGUGAGGGGUGGGCGAUGGUUGCUGCCGCUGGUCGAGUCGCAGGAAAAGGUGGAUCUGGGUCGCGAUGCGCUCGUGUGCUUCAACGAUGAUCUCGAGGAUGCGAGCAUGGCCCGCGUCGAUCGCAGGAUGAAGGACUUCUUCCAUGCCAUGUGGCCCGCGCGCGAGAGGUGGGAGAGGUACUAA